CGGGAACCCCGCCCCCCCAAGGUGUGGCCAGUGAGCGAAGCCGAGACCGGCCAAUCAACGCGCGGCGUCCUCCGUCGUCCUGGCAACGGAGUCUAGGCUGCGCCCAUGUGGCUGGUCCUCUGCCGCGGCCAUGCAGCUACCUGGUCGCGCGCCAUCCGGGGACUCCUCGAUAUACGAGAUGUUCGGCUCGCUGCUGCGGUCGGGGCCUGAGCAGACCCCCGGUUCGGCCUUGCAGGUGCCCCCCAAUACCCCCGGCUCCUGGCUCGGCUACGACGCCUCCUGCGAGGACCUGCUGUCCUCCAUACUCGGACUUUGUCAGUCCGUGGACUCGGACAGUCUGAGCAGGAUCUCGAAGGACAUUGCCAACUCCAGUGUCGCCAGCAAGGAUCCCAUCUUUGACCCCGGCCGGGUGGUAGCACACUGCUUCCAGAAGUUCAAGCGCAAGCCCUUCUCCCUACCUGUCAGCCGCCGGCGGAUCAUCUUCCCACCCCCAAAGCAGGAUCCUGUGCCCUUGCCCCAGCUUCCCCCCCAGCCCUUCCCCUGCCUCAGGGGCCCAGAUCCAGGGGUCCCCCAAGAGGUGCCAGAGGACACGGGGGCCUGGUUGCAGCGGAGGCUGGAGCUGCGCCAGGCCCUGGACUCCUUUGGGGACCCCAAGCACUGGCUGCACAACAAGGCCAGCAUCACGCCCUCCGAGGCCAAGGUCCUCCAGAGGCUCCGCCAGGAGCAGCAGGCCAGUUCCGGUGACACCCUGUCCGUCACCGUCUUAGGCAGGAAGAGGAGCCCCCGCCUGCCUCGCCUGCCCAUUCCCCGGCUGCAGCUGCCCAAGCCACCCGCACUCUCUGCGCUCUACACCUACCUGCGGAGCCACAAGAUCAAGAUCCUGGAGAUGUUUCAGAGGCCUAAUCGGACCCAGGGCCACCACCGCAUCUCCAGGGAGGAAUUCAUUCUGGCUCUGAACAUGGUGGGGGUUCCCCUGAGUCCACAGGAGGUGGAGGAUGUGGUUAUCUACCUCAGCUCUCUGGGGAAGCACAACUCCAUCACCAUGGACGUCCUAACCACCACCUACAAGCUCUGGGAGUUCUCUCAGAGGAGAAACAGCACCUCCACAGCCAUAGAGGAUUACAAAGCGGCCAAGCACAGAGCUGUGUCCCCCAGCCAAGUCAGAAAGGAGCCCAGUAUGGCCCAGCCUCCCCGGCCACCCCUGCCGCCCCCCAUGCACCUGCUGACAGUGCCAGAGGUCAGCCUGGAGGAGUCUCGGCCCAUGAGCCUGGAGGAGAUGGAGGAUGUGGGCAAACACAAUCGCGAGAGGAGGCGGCUGACCAAGCUGUGUGUCCCAUCCAUCCAGUUCUCCGAGUGCUGCCGCCUGGUGCGCAGUGGGGAGCAGGCAGUGGAUGAUCACCUGCUCCCCACCACGCUGGAUGGCCCCAUGGAAGAGCAGGUCAACGCCUCACGCAGGGACGGCUUCCUGGUCUACCUGCGCUGCUGCCGCCUGUGCCAGGCCUACGGGCUGCAGCUCACGCGUGCUGUGCUCACCAGAGCACUGCUGUACCCCGGGGACAAGAUUGUGCUGCUGAAGAAUCAGGUGCGACCCCUUCGCCAGCCGGGGGGCUACUAUGAUGACAUGAAGCUGCCCAGGCAGAAGCCGCGCCUGGCCGCCGCCAAGAAGGGGAAUGAGAAGGUGCCGAAGAAAACCAAGAAGCUGGAGUUCCAGGAAUUUGAAGAGUUCGUCGGUCAGCUGAAGACCAAGAGGUUGGCCGCCCAGCUGCGGACACAGCCCAACUCCUUCUGGCCCGGCCACCUCCUGGACAAGCUGCGGCUGUACCUGCCCACGGUGGCCCCCCGCAGCCUGGUGCUCUUCAGCCGCGUCCAGCACCUGCCACCUGCCUACCCAGCCACCUACCACCCGCACCGUUGGUGGCCUGUCAGGGACAAGCGCUACCUCACCUACGGCCACUACGACGCCCCCAAGGUCUACCACAUCGACUAGAAGCUUCCAGGGCUGCCUCCCCCCCCCCGCGCCCCGCCAGGUUUCAAAAGGCUUCUCCAGGCCCUGUAACCAGAGACCCCCAAGGCAGCCGGGUCAGUGUCCAGGGAAAGAUGGAGACUUGGGGGGAGGGGCUCCCCCUAUGGACACUGCCCUCUGAACUGAGCCAGGUUGGAGUUCUCACAGA